CUGCGAUCAGGUGCGAGUUGUUGGCCUCUGUCAGUGCACACCGCGAUAGAAACCGAGGCGCAUCCGCAUCGACGGAAAAACCACGCGACACAUCCGUUUCGGUUCAUUUAACAACGCGAGUAAUUUCUUACCGCCCGGCGAGUGGAAAGUUCUUCGAGCAAAUCAACCACAGAAAAUAAAGUGAUGCAAUAAAGUGAUAAAGUGCUCGUUGGAUUAUUUUAGUGAUUUUUGACUUUUUUCGUUGUAAAUAACCAGUAAAAAAUACACAAAAUGAAAGGGAGGGAAAAGUUGUGCGCCAAGCUGUCAAGUGCUUUUUUGAGAAAGUGGUGGAUUGUGGUUGCACUGUCGAUAGCUAUAAUUUUAUCUGGAGUCAUAGUAGUUGUAUUCUUCACUAGUUGGGUUAACUUAGUCAUAGACCAUGAAUUAGUUUUAAAAGAUGGCGGCCAAGCUUUCGGUUGGUGGUCAAAACCUCCGGUAGUUCCAAUGAUUAAAGUUUACGUUUAUAACGUAACAAAUGCAGACGAGUUCCUUAACAACGGUUCCAAGCCAAUUUUGGACGAACUGGGUCCAUACGUUUACGUAGAAAAAUGGGAAAAGAAAAACAUCAAAUUCAACGACAACGGCACCGUUACCUUUCAACAAGAAAAAAUCUACAUGUUUGAUGAAAGUUUGUCAGUUGGCUCUGAAGAUGACGUUGUCGUAGUGCCAAAUAUUCCCAUGUUGAGCGCCACCUCGCAAUCGAAACACGCAGCGAGAUUCUUGAGGUUGGCCAUGGCGAGCAUCAUGGACAUCCUGAAAAUCAAACCGUUCGUCGAGGUUUCGGUAGGCCAGCUACUUUGGGGUUACGAGGAUCCCCUUCUUAAGUUGGCCAAGGACGUUGUUCCCAAGGAACAGAAAUUGCCGUACGAGGAGUUUGGACUGAUGUACAAUAAAAAUGGUACAUCCCAAGACGUAGUAACUAUGUUUACUGGAGGUAACGAUAUCACGAAAUACGGGUUAAUUGACAACUUUAAUGGUCACUCCAAACUGCCACACUACAAAACUGAUAAGUGUAACAGUCUUGCAGGGUCAGAUGGUUCCAUUUUUCCACCCCAUAUGACCAAAAACACCACAAUUCACGUUUACGACAAAGAUCUAUGCAGAAUCUUGCCUUUGGUAUAUGAAAAGGAUGUGGUAGCCAGCAAUGAUAUACCGGCCUACAGGUUCACACCUCCCAAAAACGUUUUUGACAGUCCCGAAGACAACCCGGAAAACGACUGCUUCUGCCCCCAAGGGCCCCCAUGCGCCCCUUCAGGAUUCUUCAACGUAUCCCUUUGCCAAUACGACUCCCCUGUUUUGCUAUCCUUCCCUCAUUUCUACCUAGCUGACGACAAAUACAGGACCGCUGUCGAAGGUAUUUCACCACCUGAACCAGAAAAACACAAGUUCUAUAUUGACGUACAACCUCUGAUGGGAACAGCUAUGAGCGCCAAGGCUAGAGUGCAAAUCAAUCUGGCGGUGUCUCAGGUUGUGGACAUCAAACAAGUUGCCACCUUUCCGGACAUCAUUUUUCCCAUCAUGUGGUUUGAAGAAGGUUUGGACUCACUUCCGGAGGAAAUGACGAGCCUGAUGAAGCUGGCCAAUACGGUGCCGCCCAUCGCCAAGACCGCCCUUUCCAUUGGUCUGUUCGUAGUGGGCGCCAUUUUGUUGGCGAUCGCCGUGUGGCGAUUGGUCAGGGGUGCCAACCGGCUGAGUUCCUUGCAUUUGGCACCAGGACACGUGGGAAAGUCCAACGGCAAAGACGUACCAAUGUCCAACGUGAGAAACUAAAAUCCCCUAGAUUUUUUUUUUGUUAUACUUGUUUUUAUAUUAGAGAAAAUUUUCAUUUUUUGCCAUUUUGUAGGUUUUCAGUAAUAAAUGACUGUUGUUUUUAUUGUUUCGGGGUUUUUGAAAAAAAAUCGAAUUAUUAUUGCCAAUGAUUGGCAUUUUUUAAUAGGAUUAGUGAAAAUUGCUCAUUCAUUAAAUUUUAUACUUACAACAAAAGACAAUUUAUUUAUUGAUAAAUAGAUGGGUUAUAUGUGAUAAGAAAUUAUAUGACAAUAAAAUUUAUUUAAUAAAUUUUCUGGUAGGGAUUAAAAAAUGUAAAUAGUAUUUUUUUUAUUUUUGACAUUCCAUAAAAAAAUUAUCGAAAUCCGUCCAGUUUUACAUUUUUGUAUAUUAUUAGUUAGAUGAAUUAUUUUAAAGUAGUUUCCAUUGGUUAUUUGUAAUAUAUUUUAGUAAAAUAAAUUUUUAUAAGAUUA